AUGGAAAAAGACUCGAAAUAUCACCAUUUACCUUCCUACGUAUAUUACGAUAAAUUGAAUGAUGAUAUAGUUGAAGAUGAUGAAAAUGCAUAUUGGAACUCCAUAGAAUCAUCGUUUGAAGAAACGCCAUGGAUUCGCGAUGUUUUUUUUAAACUGGAAAGAAAUUUAACUGAAAUAAAUGAAAGUCGUGCUGAAGACAAUCUAAGUAAGAAACAUUGUUAUGAUUUAAACUAUUGGUUAUAUGAACAGGUGUAUGCAAAUCUUAAUAACAAUGAAAAUGAUGAAAAUUUUUAUAAAAUUAUUGACGGUCUUCAAGAUGCAUGGUCAGAUAUAAAUAAAGACAAAUUCCCCAAUGAAAAUAACUUGUGCUACCCUGAUAAGACGUUAACUGAUAUGCAUUAUUUAAAAGAUGUUAAACACUUGUUUGACUUUAUUGAAGAUUUUUCUACCAUUAAAUCUGAAGCUAUUAAGGAUACCAAUAGUGCAUGUUAUAAGUAUAUUGAUCAUCUUAAAGAAAAGGUCCCUUUAUACUAUGAAUGGAGUGGAAUAUGCACAAUGGAGGAAGAGAAUAUAUGUACAAAAUAUAUUGAUGAGUAUCCAAAAUAUAAUCCUAAAAAUGUAUUGCAAAAUUUGUCUGUAGCAAGUCUUGCGUUUUCAUCCAUAUUUAAUGAAUGUUAUCAAAAUAUUAUAAAUCUGUUUUCAGAAGCAGAAAAAAUCCCUCCACGUACUGAACUUAAGCAUAGAAAUAUAACAGGGCAACCUGACAGUUCUAUAGUAAAAGUAGGGGGUAGGGUUUUAGCAGAAUCUGGAAGUGAUACAUCCCAACCUGGAAACAUGUUAAUUGGCAUUAAUGCUUUAGCUACUUCAGUAUUUACUGUGUUAAAACAAUUCAACUCUUAUGUGCUCAGAAUGGUUGCCCCAUUGAGUGUUUCACUUUUGAGCCUAUUUUUAUUUAUAUAUGUCUUGUAUAAGUUUACUCCAAUUGGGAAAUCUAUAUUAUAUACCCACGGGAGAAUAAAAAGCAAACUAAGUCAAAACACAAAUGAUGAUAAAAACGAUGACGACGAUGAUGAUGGUGAUGAUGAUGAUGAUGAUGACGACGAUGAUGAUGGUGAUGAUGAUGAUGAUGAUGACAGCAGCAUGAAAUCAUCAAGUGAAAGUUUGGAUUCAUUAAAGAGUCUUUCUUAG